AUGGCUGCGUCUCGCUCCUGGUUCCGCGGUCCCCAACCCCAGACCAUUUCGUUCGAACUCCCCUCCCCCUCACGAUGGAGAGUGCUUGAGAAGGUGAAUGAGCUGGAAGCUCAAAUGGACGAAUACAGCGGCGUGUGUUCCUAUGCCUGCAUCAAAUAUCGCUGUCAGAUAUUAGGUGACCGUACUCAGACUUCGUACGUCCGCAUCUACAAGCAAAUCUACCAUUUUGGGACCGAGGCUGAUGAUCCAGCCACCCGUGCUCGCCAGGCAGUCGACUGGAUUCCUCCAGAGUUGAGGGCAUGCAAGAAAAUGACAGACAAGGGGUCCACUGUAACGCCUCGCCUCCUGGGUUGGAGAAGGGAUAAGCAGUAUAGGACAGGACUCGUUCCCGGCGGGUUUAUCGUCUCCCUAGCCUGGGAAGAACUCCCUGGGAUUCAACUUGGGGACGAUUACGGCGCCGACCGGUUUUGGGAGCUCGAGAGAGAAGAGCGCGACAGAGUCAGAAAAGCUUUCAAAAACACGCUCCAGAAGAUUGAGAGCUUGGGAAUCCAGCCCGCUUUUGCCCACGCAAAAAAUCUCGUCUGGCACUCAUCCUCUGACACCCUUUCUGUGGUUGGUUUCCGUGAACCGGCUUCUAUCAAGCGAAAGCCUUGGUCUGUGCGCAAUUUUAAAAUGUAUGGCUUGGUGAAAGUUCCUAAGGGCUCCAAGUGGUAUGAACAAGAUUGGGAUGGUGAUACCUCCACCUGGGAGUUCUAG